AUGGACAAUAGGAGCACCCUCUGUUUAAUGCGCUCCCCCGUCAAACGGCUCCUAUUGUUCGCUUUAAAAAGAUUGCAGGAUGCUGUUAACCAGACACUUGUAAAUAGUUUGAACUUAGAACUGUUACAAGAAAUAGCAAAAUCUUUAGAUGAAAUUGCUAAUAAUAAAAAUAAGGGCAUGAUUUUAACAUCUUCCUCACCAACAGUGUUUUCAGCUGGAUUAGACAUAAUGGAAAUGUAUAAGCCAGACUUAAAGAGAGCAGAGGCCUUUUGGACCACAUUGCAGGAUGUCUGGCUGAAACUAUUUGGGUCUAACUUUGUCACUGCAGCUGCAAUUAAUGGUCAUGCACCAGCGGGUGGGUGCCUCUUAUCAAUGUCCUGUGAAUAUAGGGUUAUGGUGAGUGGCAAGUACACUAUAGGUCUGAAUGAGACGGCCCUUGGUAUUGUGGCACCAACCUGGUUUAUGGAUACCAUGUGUCACACCAUUCCAAUAAGGCAAGCUGAAUAUGCACUGACUACUGCCAGAAUGUUUACAGUUGAUGAAGCUUUACAGGUUGGUCUUAUCGAUGAAGCUGCUACUGAUAAAGCGGACACCAUAGAGAAAUGUAAGAAUUUCAUAAAGAAAUUCGAUAAAAUCCCUCCACUAGCGAGUUCAACAGAGCCUAGAAAUGUACACGCAAGCAUUGAAGCAGAAAGCUGCGAAAUAAGGGCGGAUGGCUACACGGAUCGUACGAGGGUACAGAACGCUCCACUUUCUUUCCACACGGGCUUUCCACCUUUUUACAUACUGGAGGAAAUGGACGCGAGGGUGUACCACCGAAUUCGCUCCCUUCGACAGAGUAAUGGUAGCGAGCCGGAAGAGACGCUCGAGUCUAUCAAACAACAGGAACGACAAUCUGCUUUCUUAAUC